AGGAGCAGCAGCAGCAGCAGCAUCAUCUUGGCUGCAGUCUGCCUCCCCACUACCACCAUCAGCACCAUCAUCACUACCAGCCUGCAUCCAGCUUCUGGACUACCCACACCCAGCGCUACGAGCACAGGUGUCAGGCAAGGAGCAAGCCUGGUGGAUUUUUUAAUUUUAAUUUUUAUUUUUUUUAAAGAGGAGGGUGGAAAGUGAGCAUGGAGGAGGAGAGGCGUGUGCGGAGGGAGCUGCGGGAUGCGGUGUCUGACGGGCGCGGAGCGAUGCUGCUGUGAGAUCCUCCGUGAGCAGGCAGCUGCGCACCGAGCCGCCCUCUAUAUCCCCCUCCCUCCCGUCCUCCCUCCCCUCCCUUCCUUUCCUUCUUCCCUCUGCUCCCUCACCUCCACUCGCCAGCAUCGCCCAUCACUGAACGCGGGGACUCGACUCCAGUGGGCUACGCUUACCACUCCAACCACCACCACCACCACUGGCAUCAGCUUGGCAUAAGGGAGGCAUUCUUUGACUGGAUUUAAACAAAGCAAACCGGUUGCUUCACAGCGUGGCUUCGCCAUCAGAGGACUUGCAUUCCAAAAGAUGAACAGGGCUCAUCGCAUCGCCGCUUCUACUCUCCUUGUACUCUUUCUCUGAAUAGCAAAGAGUCUUCAGGGUUGCCAUCCAUGGUUUCUGCCCUAAUCAAGAUUAUAUCAGCUUACAUUGAAAAGAUUUGCAAAGGAAUGUUUACAAAGAAAUUGGCAAACCCAAUCAAGAAGAAAGAGAGAAGUAAAAAUAAAGAGCCAAAACCGACCGCAGACUCGCUAGCGCACAAUCCGACUUUGACGACCACAGUGAAGACCACAGUCAAAAAGAUCUCCAAAUGCUCCUCAGCACGUAACAUAUCGCUGGAAGAAGACGACGGCAAGAACGACUGCUCGUCUCUGUCGCCCACUUUCAGUUACCGCGUGGCUAUCGCAAAUGGACUCCCUAAAACCGCCCCUUUUUUGAAUAAUAAUAAUGAGAGCAUAUUUCCCGAGGUUCUUUCGAUUGACAGUAACUACUCUGACACACUGAGCGACACGAAGCCUAUCCGGAAACUGGAUGAGCAUAAAUCGCACACUAUGCCAGUAAGACGGAACCGGAAAAGCCUCAUCAGCUUGGCGCCCUCUGAUGGGAGCUCUGAGGGCGAACGAGUGGAGCGAUCCAGUCUACACACUCUCCGGCUGGGUGCUCUACGCAAAUUGAGAAAAUGGAAAAAGAGUCAGGAGUGUGUUUCCUCGGACUCCGAGGUGAGCAACUGGAGAAAAACCCUGGGUAUCCGCAGCAAGUCCUUGGACCGUGCGGGACGGCAGCAAAAGAGCUCAACCCUGGAGCCCGGCUCCUCCUCGACGGGUUGCAUCAGUCAGACGCAGGAUGUCAUGGAGAUGAUUUUCAAGGAACUGCAGGGGAUCAGCCAGAUCGAGACAGAACUUUCUGAGCUACGCGGUCACGUAAACGCCCUAAAGAGCUCCAUUGAUGAGAUCUCAAGCAGCGUGGAAGUAGUUCAGAGUGAGAUUGAGCAAUUACGCUCCGGGUUUGUCCAGUCAAGAAGAGAAACACGUGAUAUCCACGACUAUAUCAAACAAAUUAGCCACCAGGCGAAUAAUUCAACCUUGCGUUUUCUCAACGUUCCGGAAGAAAGGUCAGAGAAAACAGAACAUCUUAUAUAUAAAUUACUCAAAGACAAAAUGGGUCUCAUCGACGCCCAUAAAACCAUUAAAAUCGAGCUUGCUCACAGGUUAGGACAACAACGAGAAUGUUCGAAUGCAAAACCCCGUCCUAUAAUAGUUAUAUUCGCCACACCUCAAGAUAGAGAUUUAGUCUUGAAAAAAUGCUAUAAACUUAAAGGAACCGGUAUUACAGUUUCCACUGAUAGCUUAACUCAUGACGGAAAAGAGAGAAAGGACAAAACAAUGGCCUCCUCACAAACCUACGAAAGUAUGGAUAUAAAGGUAUCCGGGAAGGAUAAGGUAGUAGAGAGUGAUGACUGGGAUUCCAUGGACAGCGAUAAAGAAUUAGAUGAAUUAAGCAGAAAUAAAUAUGCAAUGGUGAUUUCAAAACCUGCUCACAAGAGUAAAUCAGAGAAAAGGCGAUCCCAUGACCAUAGUCGGUCAGCGGGGGAGGAAGCAGGCUACUCAGGUGCGGUACACUAUGCCGAUGAGUCGUACUAUGACCCCGACAAGCACGGGAAGGCUUACUAUUCCGAUGUGACUUCCGGUUGGCUCUCUCAGAGUGACUAUUCCACACCUAAACUCAGUCGUUCCGAAUCAGACUGCUCCAAACUUUGCCAGUCGUACUCUGAGGACUUUUCCGAGAGCCAGUAUUUCACACGGGCUAACGGCUGCUCGCUGUUGUCCUCCUCAGAUCAGGAACUAUGGCAGAGAAAACAAGAGGAUAUGGCCUCCUCUUGGUAUGCUACCACCACUCAUGAGAAUCAACCUUAUGAACACAAUGAGAUGGAGACAACAGAGACAGUUGAUAGUGGAGUCAGCAAUGGAAUGGUGUGCAUGUCUGGGGACAGAAGCCACUACAGUGGCUCUCAGUUGUCUCUGCAAGCAGAUCUGUCACCUUGGAAAGACUGGCAUCAUACCGAGCAAGGAGCAGAUUCUGGCCUGGAAGCAUCCAUAGAGGUCAGCAGUCCGUUUGAUCCGUCAACCAUCCCUGGUUUUCCGGAGAAUAUCACAAAAUGCCAAGAAGUUGACUUACAAUUUGAAGGGGAGGAGGAGUUUAUGAUGCUGGACAGAGAACCCUCUCUGCCGCCAAUAACCACUCACAUAAUUCCUCCCAUCUUAGAACGAGAGUCUAUCAAAGCACCUGUCCGCCAGUCUAAAGACAGUUCCAGGGUGACACCAAAAGAGAGUGUAAAAGUACCCCCGAAAGACAUCUCUAAAACGACAAACAAACAAACCAAACCUGCAUCGAAAGAUGAAACCAACAAAAUACAAGUCAAGGAAAGCACAAAAGUGACUGCAAAGAUUUCAACUAAAUUACCAACUAAUGCAACUCCAAAAGAUUCCGUAAGAGAGAGGAAAUCCACAGCUAAAGAGACCCUUCAAGCCCUCCCCAAAGACAGCCCAAAACCUACGACUAAACACCCCUCGAAAUCCACGGUGGAAGAAUCAUCUAAAGUACCUUCUAAGGUAAUCUGCAGUGAAACCGUUAAACUGAGUAAAGCAGCUCCAAGAGUUGGCCAAGCAAUGACUCCGAAAGAAAGCCCAAGGGAGUCACCAAAAGAGAGUCCUAAAAUUACUCCAAUAGUGAGUCCGGCCUCCACGCCCAAAGAGUCCCCUAAAGACUCCCCAAAAGAAUCCCCAAAACAGUCACCAAUCGUCAGUGCUAAAGAAUCCCUACAAGUGGCAUCGAAAGAGGUUCCAAAAGUUCCUGCAAAGGAAAAUAACCACGAACCUACAAAAGUACCCAUAAAGGACACAACUAAAACACCACAUAAGGAGACUAAUAAUAAAGUGGUCCCGAAAAAGGAUUCUAGCCUUAAAGAGACGCCGGUAACAUCUCCAAAAGAGACCUCUAAGGUGCCUGUCAAAGAAACACCUAAAGCAGCCCCACCUCAAGUAGUCUGUCAAGAUGCCCAUAAAGAGGUUCCUAAAGAUACCUCAAAGCAAGCAUCAAAAGCAGUCCCUAAGGAAACGUUUCCUGAAAUAGAUGUAAAUCACAGCUUUCACCAAAAUCAAGGUAAAUCUACGACAAUGUACCGCAGUCAAAGUGAGAUCCGAGCGGAGAAAGUGGAAGAGGUUCCCAAAUCAUGGAGUAGUAGGCUCAGUAUAGACCUCAGUGAGAAGUCAUUCGGUUUUGGCUUUGGUUCUACACUCCAAAGGGCAAAAUCAGCUCUGGAGGUUGUGUGGAAGUCCGGUCCUCAGAAUACUCCUCCGCCUCCUGCAGAAGAACCUGCAAACUCUUCGUCAUCAUUCAUGGGGCGUUUCCGUACACUGUCCACCUCGACGAGUAACAACUCAGCCUCCACGGUGGACUCACCUACUCACAAAGAACCUGUUUACUACAAAGCAGAAGAGGUUAAAGUAGCUUCGGAGGAAGAAACUGCUGAACAAUCAGUUGACAAUGAGACACACUACGUUGAGGUCAUGGAACAGGUACUGGCAAAUUUGGAAAACCGGUCUAAUGCCAACGAAAGUGAAGACCUCGCACAGGAAUGUGAGACUUCUCAGGACAAUGAUGUAAAUAAGGACGUUCAGCCCUCUCAGGACAAUGUCCCUCAGGAUGUUGACACCGCUGAAGAUUUUAGCUCGACAAGAUACAAUGACGUAAGUCAAGAGGCGCAUGUCUUGGAGUACGACUGCAGUUUGGACGAGCAGUAUGACGAGGAGUGCAGCGAGGAGUAUGAAACCAAUGUGACUGAGGACACGGUUGAAUAUGAUGCCAUGUUGGAAUAUUUGGAUGUGGAAGAACCGGAUGAGACCGAGGACAAUGAUAUCACCGAGGAAAUGGAAGAGGCAGAUGAGGAGAUCGAAGAGAUAGAGGAGAUAUUUGAGGAGGCUGUUGAGGCGUCAGAAAAAGUGGAGGAGCAGCAGGAUAUGAAUGAAAACAAAAAUAUUCCGGAGGAGAAGCCUGCGGAAGCACCACCGAAGAAGCGGGUACGACCGACAUUUAAGGAGGCUGCUCUGAGGGCCUACCGGAAACAGAUGGCUGAACUGGAGCAACAGAUCCUGGCAGGAGACUGCAGUGCUUUGGAUACUCAGCCUCGCAGUAUUUUGGACCCCAAACUGCUCGGCUUGCAGUCUGGAGGGGCUGGCAGUAUUCUUUAUGGUAUUGACAGCAUGCCAGAUUUACGCCGCAAGAGGACAGUGCCUCUUGUCCGGGACCUGGCAGGCAUCUCGUUCGCUCUGGUGAACCGCUCCACCCUGAAUAACGAGGACUUGAAACUACAUGUCUUCAAGAAGACCCUCCAGGCCUUGAUAUACCCCAUCUCUUCCACAACGCCCCAUAACUUUGAGGUGUGGACGGCCACUGCACCCACCUACUGCCAUGAGUGCGAGGGGCUUCUAUGGGGCAUCGCUCGCCAAGGCAUGCGCUGCUCUGAGUGUGGCGUUAAAUGCCACGAGAAGUGCCAAGACUUGCUCAAUGCAGACUGUUUACAGAGGGCAGUGGAGAAGAGCUCCAAACAUGGGGCGGAGGACAAGACCCAGAACAUCAUUAUGGCGAUGAAAGAGCGAAUGAAGAUCCGGGAGAAGAAUCGUCCUGAAGUGUUCGAGGUGAUCCAGGAGAUGUUCCAUAUCUCUAAAGAGGAAUUUGCCAGUCAUCUAAAAACAGCCAAGCAGGCUGUGCUGGACGGCACCUCCAAAUGGUCUGCGAAAAUCAGCAUCACUGUCAUGAGUGCUCAAGGGCUGCAGGCCAAGGACAAAACGGGCUCCAGCGACCCAUACGUCACCGUCCAAGUGGGGAAGACCAAGCGCAGGACAAAAACAAUCUUCGGCAACCUCAACCCGGUGUGGGACGAGAGGUUCUACUUUGAAUGUCACAACGCCACCGAUCGCAUCAAGGUGCGUGUGUGGGACGAGGACGAUGACAUCAAGUCGCGGGUGAAGCAGCAUUUUAAGCGUGAGUCGGACGACUUCCUGGGCCAGACCAUCAUUGAAGUCCGCACCCUCAGUGGAGAAAUGGAUGUUUGGUACAACUUAGAUAAGAGAACCGACAAAUCCGCUGUAUCCGGCGCCAUUAGACUCAAGAUCAGUGUGGAGAUGAAAGGGGAGGAAAACGUGGUCCCGCCACACGGCCAAUACACCUGUUUACAUGAGAACCUGUUCCACUACUUGACCGAGGGCAGGAACAACGGCGUUGUGAAGAUCCCGCAGGUGAAGGGUGAAGAAGCAUGGAAGGUCUACUUUGACGACGUGUCCCAAGAGAUAGUGGACGAGUUCGCCAUGAGAUACGGAGUGGAGUCCAUCUAUCAGGCUAUGACGCAUUUCUCCUGUUUGUCCGGAAAAUACAUGUGUCCCGGUGUGCCGGCAGUGAUGAGUAACCUGCUGGCCAACAUCAACGCCUAUUUCGCCCACACCACAACCACCACCACAACCACCGCCUCCGCUUCAGACCGAUUUGCUGCUUCGAACUUUGGGAGAGAAAAAUUUGUCAAAUUACUAGACCAGCUGCACAACUCGCUGAGGAUCGACCUCUCCAAGUAUCGCGAUAAUUUCCCUGCUGGAAACCAAGAACGUCUUCAAGACCUGAAAUCCACCGUGGAUCUCCUGACUAGCAUCACCUUCUUCAGGAUGAAGGUACAAGAGCUCCAGAGUCCGCCUAGAGCCAGCAUGGUGGUGAAGGACUGUGUGAAAGCCUGUCUGGACUCCACGUAUAAAUACAUCUUUGAUAACUGUCACGAGCUGUACAACCAGCUGCUGGACCAGAGUCGGAAGCAAGACAUCCCACGUGAGGAGCAAGGACCAUCCAUCAAGAACCUGGACUUUUGGCCCAAACUCAUUACCCUCAUGGUGUCGGUCAUAGAUGAAGACAGAACGGCCUACACACCAGUCAUCAACCAGUUUCCACAGGAGCUGAGCGUUGGCAAGAUCAGUGCCGAGACCACAUGGAAUCUCUUUGCCCUGGACAUGAAGUACGCAAUGGAAGAACACGAUAAGCACCGCUUAUGCAAAAGCACCGAAUACAUGAAUCUCCACUUCAAAGUCAAAUGGUUCCAUAAUGAGUACGUGCGUGAAUUGCCGGCCUUCAAGGGGGUUCCGCCGGAAUAUUCUCUGUGGUUCGAGCCGUUUGUCAUUCAGUGGCUGGAUGAGAAUGAAGAUGUGGCCAUGGAUUUUCUCAAUGGAGCUCUGGAGAGGGACAAGAAGGACGGCUUCCAGCAGACGUCCGAGCACGCUCUAUUUUCCUGUUCGGUGGUGGACGUGUUCACGCAACUGAACCAGAGUUUUGAGAUCAUCAAGAAGCUGGAGUGUCCCAACCCUCAGGCUCUGGCUCACUUCAUGUGCCGUUUUGCAAAGACUAUCAAUAAGGUUCUUCUGCAGUAUGCUGCAAUCAUUUCCAAGGACUAUCCUUUGUAUUUGAACAAGGAGAACGUGCCCUGCAUUCUUCUCAACAACAUUCAGCAGCUUCGAGUACAGCUGGAGAAGAUGUUUGAAUCCAUGGGAGGCAAACAGGAGGAGGGGGUUGUGUCCUUCUGUAAGCUGGAUGCAGAGGCCAGUGAUCUGCUGAAGGAGCUGCAAAACAAACUCAACACAGUGUUGGAUGAGCUCAGCGGAGUUUUAGGCUCCAGUUUCAAACCAGUCAUUGAGGACUGUGUCAAGCAAAUGAACCAGGAGUUGGUCCAAAUGAAAGGUUCAGCCAAGGGGAGCAACGCUGCUAUGGAUGCGGAGACCGUCCUCCGGCCUCUUAUGGACCUUCUGGAUAAAAAUUUAAUGUUGUUUGCCAAGAUAUGCGAGAAGACUGUGCUGAAACGUGUCCUCAAAGAGCUCUGGAAGAUAGUGCUGAACACCAUCGAGAGGACGAUUGUGUUGCCUCCGCUAAGCGACCAGAGCCAGCAAGGAGCUCAGAUGAUCUUCAAUGCUGCAAAGGACUUGGGGCAAUUGUCCAAACUGAAGGAGCACGUCAUCCGAGAGGAAGCCAGAAGUCUGACUCCACGUCAGUGUGCCGCCAUGGACCUCGUGCUUCCCACUAUCAAGCAAUAUUUCCAUGCCGGAGGAAACGGUCUGAAGAAAACUUUCCUGGAAAAGAGUCCUGAUAUGAAGUCCCUCAAAUAUGCUCUUAGCCUUUACACUCAACCUACAGAUGCCUUGAUUAAGAAAUAUAUAUGCACCCAAACCUCUCAAGGUCAGUCAAGUAACGGCUCGGUGGGCGAGGUGUCGAUACAAGUGAACCUCAUCUCCCAUCCUGGCACUGGAGAGCACAAAGUCAGCGUGAAGGUGGUCGGCAUCAACAACCUCCUUUGGCAGACCAACGCCAUGUUCCGGCCGUUUGUCGAGGUCAACGCCAUCGGGCCGCACCUGGCUGACAAGAAGCGCAAAUUCAGCACCAAGACCAAGAACAACAACUGGUCCCCAAAGUACAACGAAACAUUCCAAUACAUCCUGAGCAACGAGCAUGGCCCGGAAGCUUAUGAGCUGCACGUGUCGGUGAAGGACUACUGCUUCGCCCGCGAGGACCGCAUCAUCGGCAUGACCGUCAUCCAGCUACGAGAGCUGGCCGAUUCGGGCAGCUGCUCGGCCAACUACCCUCUGGUAAAGAGCAUCUCCAUGGACGAGACGGGCCUCACCAUUAUGAGGAUACUCUCUCAAAGGACCAACGACGAAGUGGCCAAAGAGUUUGUACGUCUCAAGACGGACACGCGCUCGGCGGAGGAAGUAUCGUAAUGCGAACGAACAACAACGACAAAACAUGCAGUAUUCCGAGUGAUGUUCCGGAUGUUUGUGGGCGGGUUCCUCAUUGAGAUGAUCCAAAGCAAGGAAGCGAGCGAUGCAAGUUGUGUGUUUGUUUGUUUUUUGUGCAUGUGCGUAAAAACAUCUGUUGGAAUGUUCAUUUGAAUACUACAAGUACGUACAAGUGUUUACUUAACGUAUGCUUACUAUUAAGUACUAUAUUCUACCACUUACGUUACAAACCAGACAUGAGAUACCUUUUUUUGUACAACAUUUAGUCUUUUUGAACUGCGAUUUGUUCCAAUAAAGUGCCAAACCAGUGAAGUAAAAAAAAAAAAAAAAAAUUACAAACAAACACAAAAAAAAAGAAGAAGAAGAAGAAAAACGUAUAUGAAUUAUGGCCGAUGAACUUAGUAUGUGGGAAAUUUGCUCGAUUAUUUUUGUGUAAGUCAACUUUCUGACCGUGUGGCGUUCUGAUUGUUGCAGUCUUGUUUGUUUUGUUUUUUUGUUUUUUUUAUUUUUGUACCGUUGUAGAGCCUGGAUGUUUGAUUUAUUUUGGAUGUAGUCAUUUAUUUUAAAUAUGAUUUAUUUUAUUCAUUUAUUUAAUUCCAUUCGUUGUCCACUCACCACUUUUUUUUUAUGUAUUUAUUUUAUGUAUUUUAUUUUAUUUCCUAGUAUUUUUUUUUUUUCACCCACAACUCUUCUGGGUUUCAUUUUGGUUUUAUAUUGAGAUAUUUUAAAAAAUUUAUUUUAUAGUUUCAUCCAUCCAGCAAUGUUUAUGUCCUUUUGUUUCAUGUUUUGUUUUUUUUUUGUCACAUGUAUUUGUUUUUUCCAUCCAGUACCAUUGUGGGGUCCCAUGUUUUAUAUGAUAAAUUUUUGUAUUAAAUAAUAAAUACAUAUAAUAAAUAAUUAUAUAAGAAUUUUUUUAUAUUGUUUUGGUUUUUUUUUUUUUCCCUUACCACUUUGUGCUGGUAUGGUUGUGCACGUCCAGAAUAUUGUGUUAAUAUUGUCUUAUCCCACAGUUAUUUCCACAGUCACCACCAAGCAGGGUCCUGACCCCCUCUUGCCUUUUUUUGUAUCGUAAGUCCACUUGUUUUUUUUUUUGUUUUGUUUUGUUUUUUAAUGGCGAUGACUGCUAUAAAACUUGUCAUUUUCUAAUCAUAACAGUAAAUGACAGCAGCCUCCACAAAAGAUGGACAAUUUUUUUUCUUAACACUGUUCUUGGUUCUUUUUAACCAUCAGCUUCCAGCCUUUUCUGAAUGACCACUGUGAACAUGUAAAGGCAAGCUUUACACCACAUCGUUUUUUUUUUAUUCACUCAUUUAUCUUUUCAUUAUAAACUGCCAAAGUCGUUUAGAAUAUUUGUACAAAAACAAUCCAUUCCAUGUAUGGAGAUAUACAGUAUAUACGUACAUGUGGUCCGAUUGUGGAUAGGUUGGUAACCCAAGAUUUUAUUUUUAUUUUAUUUUUUAUUUCCUGUGAAGCUGUCCGAUAGCAAAAUGAGAGUUGCACAUGUUUCUUUGAGGAAAAAAAAAACUAAACAAAACAUUCUCAGCUUCUGUCAUUUUUUUUUUUUUUUUCAAUUAUAUGUUGGUAUUCAUAAAAAGGAAAGAGUUUAACAUUUUGGUAAAUAUGCAACAUUCCUAUGUAUUGCACUGAUGGCAAAUUGUAUGUCAUGUAAAUAUAUUUAGUGAGAUAUUGUACAAAAAGUCUACUUUUUCUUCAAUGUGCAUAAAGUAUGUGCAAAAUGUG